AUGAACAGAAGCUUCAAGAUUUAUGUUUACCCCCAUCGCAGAGACGAUCCCUUUGCACAUGCCCUUUUACCCGUGGACUUUGAACCAGGAGGGAACUACGCCAGCGAGAGCUACUUCAAGAAACUCCUCAUGGAAAGCCAUUUCAUCACAAAGGAUCCAUCCGAAGCCAGUCUCUUCUUCCUUCCCUUUUCAAUUGCAAGGCUGCGGCAUGAUCAGAGAGUCAACGUUAAUGGCAUUGCCGACUUUGUCCGAGGGUACAUCUCCAGAAUCAGGCAGAAUUACCCAUAUUGGGAUCGAACAGGUGGUGCCGACCAUUUCUAUGUUGCUUGUCACUCAACGGGAAGGUCAGCCAUGGACAGAGCUGAAGAGGUCAAGCUCAAUGCGAUCCAGGUCGUGUGCUCGGCGAGUUAUUUUUUGUCUGGGUACGUGGCACACAAGGAUGUGUGCCUCCCACAGAUCUGGCCCAGAAAGGGAAAUCCACCCAGCAUUCGUUCUUCCCAGAGGUAACAGAUCUUCUUCAUCAAGUAUGCAUAGAUCACUCUGUGACAAAACCUUAUACUUUUUUCAAUUUCCUAUUUACUGUCUCUCCUGACUAUCCACAUUUCUGCAUCCAUUCUUGAGGCAGCGAUACUCUAUUUUGCUACUUCUUCCCCAAACAUGUUAAACCUUUUUUUUCUGAUAUGUAAAUAUGUUAUGUGCGUGUAUAUGUAUAUAUAUACAUCUAUUCAUUCUUGUCAUGGCUUAAGGCUCAUUUUAUUCACCCACUUAGUUUAUAAUCAAAGUUGACCAAAUUUUGGUUCCUUUUGAAAAUCCCAGGAGCAAAUUAGCCUUCUUUGCGGGAUCGAUCAAUUCCCCAGUCCGUGAGAUGCUCCUCCGAGCAUGGGAGAACGAUUCAGAGAUCUCCGUCCACCAUGGCCGCCUCCCAACACCAUACCCUGAAGCUCUCCUCAGCAGCAAGUUCUGCCUCCACGUCAAGGGCUUCGAAGUCAACACCGCCAGGAUCGCCGAUGCAAUAUUCUAUGGCUGUGUGCCCGUGAUCAUAGCCAACCACUACGAUCUCCCCUUUAGUGACAUCCUGAACUGGAAGAGCUUCUCUCUGGUCGUCGCCACCCUCGACAUUCCGCUGCUCAGAGAAAUCCUCCGAGGGUUGACCUCAGAGGAGUACUUGCAGAUGCAUGAGAACCUUCUGAAAGUGAGGAAGCAUUUCCGGUGGCACCUCAACCCACAAGACUACGACGCCUUCCACAUGGUCCUGUAUGAGCUGUGGCUCCGGCAGGGUGUCGUGAGGUUCCCUCUCACCGGCCUGCCUGAUUCUGACCGACGCAGAUAUGGAAAUUCUUCAGUAGGUCUCCUGGGAGCUGGAUGA